UAUCAAACUAGAACUUUGUUCUUCAUGGCUGUGUUCUCUGUGAACUCAGGUUUGGCCUGAAUCUCUUGAUAUAGGAGGUGUUUAUCACCAAAUUCUAUCCUUAUGUUUGUCCAUUUGUUGUAGGGAUACAAUAAUUGGCAUCAAAGCCGUUCGAAUCCAUUCAAUUUCAUCGAAAAUUUCAUCCAAUUUUUUUCGUACAAUGAUUAUCAAAGAGGUUAAUGAUUCAGCAAACAAGGAAAGUUCAGAUGGAUUUUCAUCGAGUGUUAAUCAAAGGGAUGAUACCAAAAUUGCUCCAUCUAUUGAUGAUGAAAAAGCCUCUACGAAGUCAGUAGUAGACCAUUCAAUUCCGUCCGCUGUCAUCGAAGUGGGUAAUUCUUCCGAUAUGGAGUUGAUUCCUUCUGAUGUCGAUGAAAUUGAUGAUUCUCUCGAAGUAAACUUGAUUCCUCCAUUUUUGUUUGUUGAAGAAGAAGAUGUAGAUUCACUCAAUGAUGUGAGUUUACGAGUUAAAGAUGUUUCAAAAUCGUUGAUAAAUGAUUUUUUCCGGUUAAAUCAGUUGAAAAUUGGCGAGGAAGAUAAUUGUACCAGAAGGAAUUGCGUCCAAUUUUUUUCAGAAAACCAAUGAACUGUUGAAUGUCUGCACGAUUUGUUCUUUGUCUACAACAAAAUUCUAGGUAUGGUUUGUUUUCACUUCAAACUUGAUGAUUCUCGUUUGUUAUUCGAUCGAGGUAAAUGUGCUGGUAGAUUGAUUAUUUGAUUACUUCUUAGCUUUGGGUAUAAAUCAUAUUUUUCAUCCGUGCAGUCAAUUCAUUUUUUAUGUGUUAAUGAUUCCAAAGAUUAUGAUGAGAGGAAGCUGUUUGUUCAUAUAGCUAAGAGAAACACAAUUUUAAUACUCUUCUGGAUUAGGGUAUAUGAACUUGAAAUGGUACAGGAAUUCUUGGGUAAACUGCCUUAUAGUGUUUUGUGGAGUUUUACUGAUGAUGUUGUUUACUUUUCCUACUGGCUUAAUGAUAAAUUUUUGAACUCUACCUGGAGAGGUCAAUGUUAUUUGUGUUAUGCUCGAACUGAACCUUUUGUAUGGGAUGGUGGAGUUUGCAUGGGGAAGAAGACGCUAUACAGUUGUAUAUUUCUAUGAAGUUGUUUCAUGUCGAACUGCUCAUGGUAUUUCAUAUUGUAAAUGUGUUGUUGUGCAUUGAGUACUUGCGGUGGAAAUUCAAGUUUUACUCAGCUGGUUGGUGAAGUAAUAGGUCAUGUGAAGCAAGGAUUCAUACUCAGAUUGUUGCAAAUUGUGUCAGCAGGCUUAUUUGUGUAUUAGUGGAAAGGCUUGAGCAGUUUGAAAUUCUCUUUCUUGCUAAAUUAAUCGGGAGCAUAGUGCGGAGACGUAAUUGUGGUGCUGCUGACAUUUUCUUGCACCUUCAACUUGGUUUACUUCAUACUUCACACGACUCUUAUAACACUGUUCAAGCUCAUGUUAGACAACCAGUUCCCACAAUUUUUAGGAGUCAGUGGUAUUUUUGGAGAAUUAGUCCUUUUUCGCGUCCUCAAUUGCUUACUUCUGAAGUCUUUUGGAAGAGUCCUCAUAUAAAGAUGAUGGAAAUACCAUUUUUGCUCACUGAGAUUCCACAUGGGUCGAAUGUAGACAAUAUAGUUGGAAUUCAAGUCUUGCUCAUAAUAAUUAAGAUUCUGCACAAGUUGGUGAGAGUAGAGUACCUAAGGUGGAAAUUCAGAUUUCAUUACCAUUCUCUUAGGAUGCUUGACUCGUUUAUUAGAAAUUUUUUCAGGUUCUUCAGAAGGGGUCCACUUUUGUACUUUCCUUUGACUACACCUGUGAUUUAUGGAGCUCUUAGUGUUGUCGAGACGGUUGAAACAGUAAAUCCAAAUUCUGUUGUGUUUGUUUUGCGGACUUCGGCUCAUAUUCAACAUGAGUGUUGUUACUGCUACCACUUGUGGUGUAUGGGGUUUCAACCAGUGCGGAGUUAUUUCAAACUGGAGUUUGAUGACGGGAUAAUGGUACUUCCAUUCAGGCUCAUAGUGGUUCACAAUCCAAAGGCUCAUGAUGAUAUUCUCUUGUUUGCUCAUGCUUUCUCAAAUGCUACAAAAGUCUUCGUUGGUGUAUUGUUGAAGAUUUUCUCACCUGUGGUAAUACAAGCACUUGAGAUUUUUGUCUUGGUUGAUCUUUUUAUUCUGCUGGUAUCUUUCUACCGACUGUUAUGUUUGGUGUGCCAAGUACAUGAUGUACAAAUUCGCAGUCGGGAUCCAGCAACGGCCACAUGAAAUUUUUAUGAAGUAAUACAAGCUGACAUUAAGGCACACUCCUUGGUGAUCAGUGUUGCUUAUACUUGGCUCAUGAAGUUUUGUCAGUGGACAAAAUUUCUAAUGAAUGGAAUGGGAAUCAAGGACUUGCUGGUUGGGCUUAACAUUCAGGUUAUAGAGCAAUGGGGGCAUGAAGAGUGGGGAUCAUUCAAGCUUACACAACUUUUUGAUGAGGCAGUAAGAGCUGUAUAGGUCAACGGUGUAGUAUGACAAACGGAGGUAUUGGAAAAUUUGACUUUUACUUUAGCUAAAAAGAGAGCAGCACUUCUUAUUCAGUACUAUGGUACGCGGGCCGUGGGUCACACAUGUACGUUGUAUCGAGGCUUCACAAAAUACCUGGACUUUACUAAGUUCUUGACAUCAGCUGAGCUGAUAAGUACUACAACUCCAGCUCGAUUCGCACUGGCAUCUCUAUACGGGGAACUGUUACUGAAGUCUGCCUUGUUGCACACCUACCUUCCCAGAUACAAGACCACCUGGUGAUUCAAUUCUACAUCCUUGAGGACAAGGAUGUUUUCAAGGCGAGUGGAAUGUUGUAUCCCUGUGCAUAAAAGAGGGUGCCCUUAUCACGCUAUAUGUCAGUCUUUAGUGGUAGUUAGGUGUAGUAGUAGUUAGUGUAAGAGUGAGUACCUUUAUGAAUGUAAGAGAGGGUUAGAUGAGAACCAUUUGGCACCGUCAUGGCCGUUGGAUUAGUUUGACAACUUAGCCUUGUAAGGUCCGAGUCAGUCUGUAUUGCAAUCUAGUCGAAUAUCAUUUAUCAAACUAGAACUUUGUGUUCUCCGUGAACUCAGAUUUGGACUGAAUCUCUUGAUUUAGGAGGUGUUUAUCACCAAA